AUGGUAGAAACAGUUCGGCACACGUAUGAGCGCAGUCCACGAAAGUCUACUCGCCUUGCAAGCAGACAACUGGGUAUGCCUCACAUGACUGUCUGGCGAGUGUUAAGACGUCGUUUGCUGUACAAACCAUACAGACUAAAAUUAGUACACGCUCUCCGGGUUGGUGAUAAAAGGAAACGUGUUGAAUUUAGUAAUGCUCUACUUGAGGACAUGGAAGUGGAUACAUUUUUAUCACGAUUAAUUUUCAGUGAUGAAGCAACAUUUCAUACUAGUGGUAAAGUAAACCGACAUAACGUGCGCAUAUGGGGACUCGAACAACCUCACGACGUUAUUCAGCAUGAACGAGACUCACCGAAGUGA